ACAAAACAAGCAGAAGAAAGAAGCUCCGUUGUCAGCUCACAGAAACACUCCAAAAAGAAAUAAAGAAACCCUAGACAUUCAAUCCAAUCGAUCAAAUUCCCCCAAAUUGCAUGUUUCACUCACCUCAAAUGGUGAAGAAACGAGUCCCCGAAUGGCUCAACAGCUCGCUCUGGUCCUCCUCCACGCCCUCCCCUUCCAUCGACGAUGAUCUCGUCCAACGCUACACCUCCAAUCCCACCGCCGCCGCCGCCGCCACCACCACUCCAAUUUCUAGUUAUUCUGUCUCCGACUCUGACCCGCCUUCCACGGUUGACCCACCAAUCCCUGUUGCCCCUCCCAAAUCCACCAGAGAAGACAAGCAUCUUCCCGAGCCCCAAUUCUCAGAUUCAUUUCCGGAUCACGAAGACAAGAGCAACAACACUGCUCCAUCCCCCGAAGAUAUCUCCAGACAGUCUCAGCUCUUGGCCGAGCUGUCGAGGAAGGUGAUUAAUUUGCGCGAAUUGCGGAGAAUUUCAUCUCAGGGCAUACCAGAUGGUGCUGGGAUACGGUCUACAGUUUGGAAGCUUUUACUCGGAUAUCUACCACCGGAUCGGGGACUUUGGUUGUCCGAGUUAGCUAAAAAGAGGUCACAGUACAAGCAUUUUAAAGUUGAGCUUUUGAUGAAUCCUUCAGAAAUCGCAAGGAAGAUGGAUAACUGCACUACUUGUGACAAUGAUGAAUUAAAAUGUCAAAGCAAGGGGUUGCUAUCAAGAUCUGAAAUACCUCGUGGGGAGCAUCCAUUGAGUCUUGGGAAGUCCAGUGUCUGGAAUCAAUUCUUCCAGGACACAGAGAUCAUAGAACAAAUUGACCGAGAUGUAAAGCGCACACAUCCAGACAUGCACUUCUUCUCAGGAGACUCUCAAGAUGCUAAAUCUAAUCAGGAUGCUUUGAAGACCAUCCUGGUUAUAUUUGCAAAGCUAAAUCCUGGUAUAAGAUAUGUUCAAGGGAUGAACGAAAUUUUGGCACCACUGUUUUAUGUAUUAAAAAAUGAUCCCAACGAGGAAGAUGCGGCCUCUGCUGAAGCAGACACGUUCUUUUGUUUUGUUGAAUUAUUGAGUGGCUUCCGUGACCAUUUCUGUCAGCAACUCGAUAAUAGUGUUGUUGGAAUUCGUUCCACAAUAACAAGAUUGUCACAACUUUUGAAGGAACAUGAUGAAGAGCUAUGGCGUCAUCUCGAGAUCACAACCAAAGUCAAUCCCCAAUUUUAUGCAUUUAGGUGGAUCACCCUCCUCUUAACCCAGGAAUUCAAUUUCGCAGACAGCCUUCACAUUUGGGACACACUUUUAAGUGAUCCCGAAGGUCCUCAGGAAACCCUUCUUCGAGUAUGCUGUGCAAUGUUGAUUCUCAUUCGGAGGCGCUUACUAGCAGGUGAUUUUACCUCAAAUCUCAAACUACUGCAGAACUAUCCUCCAACAAACAUCAGCCAUCUGCUCUACGUUGCCAACAAGUUGCGUGUACAAUCCUCUGGCUAAUUUACCUUACACAACCGCACUCCCUUUUUAUUUUUCUCUUCCAUCAUUUCGUGAUUCAAAUGUCCAUGUUUUGUAAAUGACUGGGUGUAUAUGAUCUUAGAGUAACAACUAAUUGCUUUAAAUUAAUUAAUUUGGUAGAAUAGUCUGAAUAGUCCUCAUCUUUGCAAGGAUGAAUUGUUGAAUGUGGAUUAUUUUUUUGUUGGGACACUAGUCA